AACCGGGAGGCUGUGGAUACCGCCAGCGGGUGGGGGCCCGGGAGGCUGCGGGGAGCCCGGGCGCCAAGUGGCGGCGGCGGCCCAGCCCAGGUGCCGGGCGCACCGGCGACCGCAGUAGGAAGCCACCCCGCGAGCGCGACUGUCGCAGCGCCAGCGCGCGCGGGGCCCCACGCACCCACUCUCUGCACCUGCCGCGGGGUCUAAAAGGGAUUCUACAAAAAUGAGCCAUUCUCACCCCGCUGGAUUACUUGCAGCAUAUGAUAGCCUUACGGAUAAACACCUGGCUGGAUAUUUUAACAAUACAAGGAUAAGGCGACAUCUCUUGAGAUCAGGGCUGAUCACAAGAAGUGGAAGAAUACUUUCUGAAAAAGAAUACAAACUAAAUAUCAUGAAGCGAGAUCACCAGAAAUAUAUCCGGGAGUGCUUAGCCCAGGCUAUUUUCCAUAAGGUUCUUGAUAUGGAGCGUUACCAUCAGCUUGAAAUAAAAAAGAAAUUGGAAACCUUAGCUAGGAAGGAGAGAAUUCAGAGAUUUAAGGGAGAGCACACAAGACGAUUUAUUGAAAAUAACAUGCCAAGUCUGUCUCCCCAUCCCCCAGUUGGCCCAAGGACGAAUCGUGGCCAUAGUGUUCUGGUUGAUGAAGGACCUUCCAGUCCAUUAGCACUGACAGCCCCUCGACCAUAUACUGCCCCAGGAAAUAUGCAGCCUCCAAUUCGAUUACAGCCUCUUCCCAGUAAUCCUGCAGUGGGGACUGUUCCAAAGAUAACUUCGGGGUCCAGAUCAAAAUCCUCAUUGCUGGAAAGUGAAGCUCCAUUUCCUAUUGGGGGCAAGAAGGCAGUGAUGAAGUUCAGGAACUCCACAGGCAAUUCACAGAGAAUGAAUCCAUAUCGACUUCCAGACAUUAACAGUUGCAUGAUGCCUAUUCCUCCUCCACUUCCUCCCCCAAAUGGAAAAAUCACAAGAGAAAAUAGAUCUGAAACAUGGAGAAGGAGAACAUUUCGUCCAACCACUGCUCCAAAUGGCUUAGAACCUCUCUUUACCAGGGAUUCAAGAAGUAUUUAUAAAACAUCGCCACAUAGUAAUGCAGCUAUUACAAUGAUCUAUUUGGGGAAAAAUGUACACCUAUCUUAUGAUAACCCAGACUUCCGGGAUGAAAUAAAAAUUUAUCAACAGCACUGUGGUGGGGAAAAUCUUUGUGUCUACAAAGGCAAACUACUUGAGAAAGAGACCUUUCAGUUUAUUUCCAAAAGGCACCAUGGUUUCCCCUUCAGUCUCACCUUUUUCCUCAAUGGGAUGCAGGUGAAUAGGUUAAGCUCCUGCUGUGAAUACAAGCACCGAAAAGGUUCCAGACUUGGAGGCAAACGAGGAUACUUUGGAUUUGUGUGUGUUGAGAGAUCAUCUCCUUGCUACAAGUGCAUUAUUGCAAUGGGCCUUGAUAAAAAAACAUCUUUACCAAAACCUCGGAAAGAAAAGAGCACUGAGAAGAGAGUGGAACUGAGGAAGGGUGAGGGGAAAGUGAGGAAAGACGGAGAGUACAUGACACCAAGAAGAAAUGAGAUGAAGGGGGACAAAACCUCUGUCUCAGACAUUUUUUCAGCUCAAGAAAUAAACACUGGGGUCAGAGAAGUGAGAACUGCUAUGGAAGAAAUGGAACGUAAAGGAAAACCAGGUCAAGAUGUUUGGGAAGAUGACCAGGAAAAUACUUUAAAAUAUGAAUAUGAAGAAGAUUUUGAAGUAGAUGAGGAGAAACACUAUGGGAAAGCUAAUGAAGAAGGACAGGCUGAUGAUCAAAUGAAUGGAAUAUCAAAGUCACCCUCAGAUGAUGAAAAAGAUAAUUUAGACCCUGAAAAGGAGAGUGAAAGCUCAUCACAGAAGGCACCAGAUGCCCAUGACAAUGUGAAAGAUGAGGAUGAUGGGUGCUCGGAGAGUGACUCAGAAGAGGAUAAACAAGAUAUAAAAACUACUUCAUUAGCCUCAUCCAGAAGUCACGCCUAUUCUAGUGUCAGUGAGGAUGAAUCUCCAUCAGGAGACAGGGAAGCCCACACUGAAAACAGUGCAGAGGAAAGUACCAGAAGUUCAUCUGCUCAGGAACUGAGUGAAAAUGAUGAGCCAGGAAAAUCCCACCUCUCGACUGAGGAAUCCUUAGAAAUUGAAACUGAAGAACAAGAAGUAACAAAAGCAGAUGUGGAGACCAAACCCCUGCCAAUAGAGGAAAGCUCUGAGAACAUUCUUGAGGAAGAAAUGGAGAAGGGAACCCAAGGGAUUGCAGGGAGUUUAUCUGAGAAGUCCAGGAAACAUGUGUCCGAGGAAGAAAAGGAAAAGGAUGCAAGUAAGCUAUGUGAAGGAAGCACUGCUAAGCUGAAGGACAAAAAGGCAGGUUUCCCUGGGAUGGAGAAAGGUGGUAAGUAUGUUGGACAGAUUAUAACUGAAGCUGUGGCAUCAGGCUGCCACAGCCACUAUGAUGCCGAGUCUGGCGUUAGCAGCACAGACGAGGAGUGGAAGCCCUCGAGGAAGCUGGAGAGUGACACAGGUGGAGUGUCAAAUAAGAAUUUAGCGGUGGAGGAAAGGGUGGCAGUCAACUCAAACGAGGAAUCCAAGCAAGUUGCACAAGAAACAUAUAAGCUGGAGAAGAAAGAAGCCAUGGAGGAAGAUGAAGCUCUUCAGCACAGAGAUGCUACAAUAGAAGAAAAAAGGGACAGAGCACUGUGGGGAGAAGCGGGCCUGGAUGAGGUUCCCUUUGGGGAGGGAAAGCCAACAGCAGUGCAGCCAGCAUUAGUAGAACAGUUUGCAGAAGAAAGGGAGAGCCCUCCAGCCAUAGAAAGUGGGGCCGAGGCAGGGGCAGAAGUAGAAGGGGCAAGAAGGCUGUGUAAGGCGGGGUUAGACCCCGCAGGAAAAGCAGCAGCAAGAGACACAGUGGAUCUGAAUAAAGAUGAGGCUCCAGAAGAGCAGGCCUUGAUGCUAACCGUGCUUGAGGCAGUGGAGGCCGCUUCCCCAGGGGAACGGGGUUCGGAGAAGGCAGCGCUUUCAAACAAGGCAGAAGCCCUGAACUUGAAGCAUCUUCGGGAGGCAGCAGCAGCCCUGAGAGAGGCAGGGACACCAGAGAGGAGAGAGGCUGAGAGAGGGGCCGCUGGGAGUGAGGCAGGGUCCCAAAAACCAGAUGCGGAGGGAAGUGAAGAGGAAGCAUCCACAGACCUAGAGGACACGGGACCCAUGGAAGACACAGCAUGGGAAAGAGAGGAUGGUUCUGAAGAGGCAACUCUGGAGGGAGAGGAACCAGCCAAAGAGAGGAAGGAAGUUAUGAGAACAGAAACGCCUUUGAGCCCCUCAGUGGGAGAGACAGCGGUGAACUGGACGCAGGUCUCCGGGGGCAGCCCUGAAGCCCUCUGUGAGGAAGAUGCAGAAAAGGAGGAGACUGUGACUGAGGCGGAAUCUAAUAGGGAAAACGACAGGAAAGAAAUGGUACCUGAGGAAUUAGAUGUAGCAAGAGAGAGGAAAGCUGAGAGGCCAAAAACACCUCUGAGGGAAACCGAAUCUGAGAGAGAAGAGGUGACAAGGGCAAAUGAACUUAAGGAUGAAGACGCUUUAGAAGGAGAGCAAAACCUUAAAGGGAAAGAGGAGAAAACAGCAAAGGAGGAAAGAUCUGAGGAAGACACAAAAGCCCCCCCCAAUGAAACGAAAUCUGAUGCUGAGAAUGCAGCACCGGAGAAAGCAUCUGAAUUGUCUGAAGAUCCGGGGCUUCUAGAACAUUCACUGAGAGAGAGAGCGGUUAGCAUGUUUGAAGCCACGCCUGGAUUUGAAAAGUCACUGGAAAACGUGACAGUUCUCAGGAAGGGAGGAGGAGGGGGGAGACUGAGCGAAGCCGAAGACACACAGCGCGAAGGCAGAGCGGAGCUGUUGCACGGGGAGAAUGUGGCCCCGGAGGAGGAGGGGAGCCCCUGCCGGGCAGAGCGUGCCUCGGGCGCUGCUGCCAGAAAGCCGGAGGGAAAGGCGCAGGCCCGCGAGGCGGCGGUGUCCACCCCAGGUGCGGUGGAGGAACCUGAGGCCAAAGCCCAAGACCGCCUCACGGGGCCGGAGGGGAGGGAUGAGGGAGCGCCUCUGCAGGUGCCAGAAGGAGCGGAGGUCAUGAUAACGACCCAGGAAGAUGCUCCUGAGGGAGAUCCCAUGAUGGCAGGAAAGUUCGGUGAAGAAGGCGUGGAUGAGGACUCAGAGGAGAAGGAUGAAGAGUGCACUCUGGGGACAGGAGUGAUGCAGGACAAGAACACAGAGCGGGUCUGGGGCAUGGGAGGAGGAGCCGCUGCUGAGGAAGGUCUACACCGAGGAGGAGGAGUGGCAGCAGAAGCCGCCGCAGAGGAGAGGGAGGUGUUGGCAGGUUCCCUGACAGCUGAAGGAAAAACAGUAGCAAAGAAAGCCUCCUCCUUUUCAGAUGUUGCUGGGAAAGAAACUUGGCACCAAGAGGAUGAGUUACUAGGCAAAACAGCAGCUGCAGAGAGGCUGGCGGUGGAGGAGUUAGCGCUGCCGAGCAGGGAGGCGGUGCCAGCGGUGGAGGAGGCGACAGUGACAUCAACAUCAGAGGGUUGGGUGGGAGCUCCCCAGGAAGCUUUGGCCCUGGCAGGGAAGGCCCCAGGGCAAGGACAGGACCAAGCCAGAGGGGUAGCGCGAGGGCAGGCAGCGGCCGGGAGUGGCGAUGGGGGGCAGGAGCCCGGAGCAGCGGAAGAAUCCCAAAUAGUAUUAUCACAGGCGAGACAGAGGCCACCGAGUAGAGACGGUCUACGGGAGGUGGCAGCACUGCCUAGGAACCCCGAUUUCACUGGAACGCAAGAGAAGCAAGAGCGUAUGGUGCAAAAAAGUGAGGAUGCUGAUGUCUCCCUGAGUGACCUGAAGGCCUAG